AUGCAACGUGUACCCUUUCUUGAUAGGUUUUUUCAUAAAGAUGAGAAGGAAAUCGUGAUUGAUAUCACGUGUCAUGGUUAUAGAAUCGAACUAGAAAACUCUUCCCAAGAAGACGAUGUUGUUGAUUCAUCAAAAACGACCUGCGAGUUUAGUUGCGAGUUAAGUGAGGAGGAGGAAAUGGUGGAGAAGUGGUCGGAAGAGAACGAUGAGGAUGAUCUGAAAAAAGAAAAGAAUAACAUGGAAGAUAGUAAUGGAGAUUUAUAUUCUGCAACAACGGAAAUUAAUAACGAAGAAAUUCUCAAGUCUGAAGAUCCAAUCUACGAACUAUUUGAAGCAGGUUGGCACAUGUCGCCACGUGCCCUCUCGGGUACGUCGUCGAUAUUAAAGGACUAA